AUGUCACUCUUCGAGAUAGAAGCGCCUCCAUUGCGGUCUCAUAAAUAUGACCAGCAUGAAGGUCUGCAUCCUGUGUGUCCGCACUUCCGCUACUGCUUUAUCAUUAACAAGCUAUCAGAAAGGAUGCCUGUUCUCAACACCCGGAUUGGUAUGGGCCCUGGGCCCCAAAUACCUCACAGCGUCGGGGUCGGAGGAAUGAUGGAUCAUCAACCAAUGUUAAGGCCGAGCCGGGGCAGUGGAAUUCUCCCAGUUCAGCUCCCACGGAAGAAUCCCGAGCUCAUGAAGCUCACCGACGAAGCUCAGAGCCUGCGUGCAGACUCGGAGCGGCUUUCACGCGAGAUGACACGCAUCAGUGGAGAGCUCCAGCACGACUACUCGGACUUCACCAACAGCCUGCGCCCACCUAGCGACAAGGCCAUCGCGCGGAUCACGCAGCUCGGUGCAAAAAUCGUCCAGCUCUCUUCGGAAACGCGUCCUAGCGCGCGUGACGCGCUGGUCGCAGGGUGCAAAGCGGACGCAAUCGCUUUGCACAAUGCAUUCGACUCCGCACACGGCACAGCAAAGUUGUCGAUGGAACGAGCGGCGAAGGAGGAGGUGGACAUCACGUAUGACGCCAGCCAGGCGGAGACAAAGGAGGCGCGCGCGCGCGAUAUUAUCGUGUUGCUCAACGACUUGAUUUCAUCGCAGAACCGCGAGCUUGCGACGCAGCGUGAUCGCAUUAAUACAGCGAUGCAUGCGGCAAAAAUUGCACGGGAGGCGCGAGACGAGGCGCAGAGAAAGUUGGAUAGCGCGAAGAGUGGACGGGACUUGCGAAACGCGUUUCUCGGGCCAUUGGGGGACGCUCUUGAUAUUGGCGGGCUGAAUAGCCAGAUUAACGCAGCGAAGGGCGCAUUAAACGACGCAGAGAACAACCUUUCGACAGCGCAACAGGACUACAAGUCGGCGGAGGAUGCGGUGAACGACGCGCGGGGGGAGGUGGACCGCAUCAACGGGUAUCUCCCGGACCUCCAGAACCUCAGAGAGACAUUCCGCCGAGAGCGUACGCAGUUUGACACGCUUCACGGGAAGAUGCACGAUUUUGUAAAUCUGUGCCUCGAUGUCGCGGUAUUUUUUGGCAGCCUGACGGCACAGUCAUCCCCGAUGCAGUUCGUACACACUGCCAAGGGCCUGGCGGAUAUGGUGCUGAAAGUCCAGGGGAUCGUGGAGAGUAAUGUGAAGCUUGCGGGGCCAUUUUUGACAGCCCCUGAUGGGUUAGACGCGACACUGAAGCAGAUUGCACAGUCGACGGUUCCUCCCGGGCCUAUCGACGAGCUGAUGUGA